AUGAAGAUAAAUCUAUACUUGAGUUCACUCCUUUUGACAUUACUCAUCAAAAUUGUAACAUCUGAUUUGAAACUACCACCUCAACAAUACUGUGGUUCUAGAUUGGCAGACAUAAUGCAAGUGGUAUGUAAAAACAGGUACAAUACCCCACCUCCACCAAAUGGGACAAAAAGAAGUAAAAUGGAUUCAGAAGUAUGGGAUUACAAGGACCUAGAAGACUAUAAUGCAAUUGACUAUCCAUACCAAUCUAGGCAAGAUUCAAUGUCAUUUAUGCCUACACGUAUACUACGCUCUUCUAAAAGAACGAUCAUCGAUGAAUGUUGUCGCAGACCCUGCUUAAUAUCUGAACUAAAAAGUUAUUGUGCUAAUUAA